GCUUUUCAUUAACUGUCCACUCCGCAUCUGGUGAUCUGAUGAAUCUUCCUCAAUCCUCUCUUCUACUCCUAACCUUGUCCUUGUUUCCUUAGCUUCCUAUAUAGACCUGAACAUCAUCUUCAUCGUCAUCAUCCACAAAAACAACAAUUUUGAUUCACAAACAAGAAAAUAUAACUAAUCUCCUACUCAUCUAUCUGGGUUUUCUGCUUCCUCUCUCAGACUCUCAAAGACAAUCAAAACUCGCCCAAAAAUUUGUGUGGAAGGAUAAACAAGAAAAACCCUUUGGGCGGUAAGAGCUAAAGAUUCAAAAUGGGUCUCUCAAGCCUCCCAGCUCCAUCCGAAGGAGUUCUCUGCAUACUUCUGGUAAACACAGCUCUGUCUAUCUCAAUCGUCAAAGGCAUAGUCCGCUCUAUCCUUCACAUAGUUGGUAUCCGAUUAUCAGCAUCCACAUCAUUAGAUUCAGUCGAAACCGCAUCAGAGCCAUUUGAAUUUCGACUAACCCCAAAUACUUUCAUUGAGGAAUUCCGGUACCGGACUCCGGCAGUCAAAUAUGGCUCUCUCUGCAAUUGCAAUCAGUCUGAACAAGAGUGUCCGGUAUGUCUGAAUCGGUUUGAAAGGGACUCGGAGGUAAACCAGUUGUGUUGUGGCCACUUGUUCCAUAAGAUUUGUUUGGAGAGGUGGCUUGAUUACUGGAACAUCACAUGUCCACUAUGUAGAACACCAUUGAUGCCUGAAGAAGAAGCUUCCUACAUAUGGUGAAUGCGCCUUGAGAAUUGUGAAGCCACCCGGGUUCGUCUUGGAUCUGUGUUACAUAGCAGUGCUGUACAGUCCCAGUGGUAGCUGUUCGUCUGUGUGGUUGCCCUGCGAAUUUUUACGCCUUUCUUGUUCGCGUGUUUUGCCCAUGAUGAUGAAGACGAGUCUUUUUUGCCACAGAUGUUAAUAAUGUACAGAGACAGUUUCUAUUUGUGAGUGGGUCUGUACUUGUUUCUGUAUUUGAUCUUCAGUCACUCUUUUGUCUCUCAAAAUAGUCCAUAUAUAAAGCAAAAAUUGAACCA